AGAAUCAGUUUGGGAGCAAAAGAAAUCCAGCAUCACUUCCUGGGACAAAGAGGAUGUUAUUCUAACAAGCUUUUAACAAGGAUUACUGGGAUUUUGUCUUGUCUUGUCCUUUCUUCACUUUGGUGCAAGCCUGUGGAUCACUUAGGAUUAUUUUCCAUAUCACUUUAAAGGUAAAUGAGCGAGAGACAGGAAAGUGCUGAGGAAGUGGAGCUAUGCUGGAUAUUUUUGGUCCCUAUUCAUCGACAGGAAGACCAGCUUCAGAGCUCCCCUUUCAGCUACUUUCUCCCCCAGUGGUGUUCUUUUCUCCGUCUCCCAGCUUUGGGGUUUGCAUGUCUUUUCACUGAUGGUUCCACUGAUGGCCAGUGAUGGAUUGUCUGGGGUCUAGUCUCAAGAUGUCUCAUCUGCACCAGACUGCCUCUGGUAGGUGAUGAUGGUCGACACCAUGACUAUGAUUGUGGCUUUUACUAUGAGCCUCAGAAGGAGAAGAACUUCUAUCACCACUCAUAUAUUGGAAUACUAACAUAAAGAGGCAUGCAUCCAAACAAAGUUCUUCCAUCGUUGUAGCAACCUAGAAGGUCUGCUAGAAAUAAACACGUUAUGGGCAGUGGAUUGAGAAAAAUGAGACGUCGUCAGAAGUAUUGGUUUUGUCGAAGUAAAGAGAAAGCGGGCAAGGCGAGCUGCUUCCCUUCCAACUCCCUUGAUGAAGAGGAGGCUUGUGUGGGAGUGAAGAUCGCUGAGACACAAGAUCUUGGCAGUAGGCCUGCAGAUCGAGCCAGUCAAAAUGAGAAACUGCGUCAGGGAAGCAGAGCAAGUGACCGAAGCUCCACAGGAGUAAAUGGAAAAGGCUCAAGACGGCAGCUUCCGAAGCUUAUCAAACCACAAGUGCCUCCUAAACCAGCACACCUCCAGCGUCCAGUGACCGAGCUGUAUAAACCGCUGAGCAGGAGCUCACCCUUUAGCUCCAGGAUGGAGGAGCGAGGAGAAGGAGGAGGAGGAAAAGGCAGAGUGUCUGAUCUUAUCAGCCGCUUUGAGGAAAACAGCCACACAGACAGGAGGGACGGCUCUCCUCAGAAACACGCAGCCAAGCCUGCUAAGGGCAGUCCGGUACACAGGAGUUGCCAGAAAGCGACGGAUACUAAAGAGCACAGUCAGGACAGCAGCACCAGCCAUGAGCACAUGCCCUCUACCAAUGGAGUGUUAGGUCAGAUGGACAGAAAGGGCGAUGACAGCAGAGCUGCAAAGCCAGAUGGCGAAGCGCUGCUGAAUGGAGAUAUGGUGGAGCAAAGUGUGGACGGGGUCACAGACACGUCUCCGAGUGUCCUCGAGAUGCCUAAGAAAAAGGACGAGAGCAGGAGGACAGAGGCAGAGAACGAGACCAGUGUGGAUGACGGGGGCACGGAACACAAGGAGACCAACAAACAGAAGCUGUACAAAAUCGCAAAUGAGCUUCUGCAGACCGAGAAGGCUUAUGUUGCAAGACUAAACUUAUUACAGGUGUUUUGUGACAAGCUGAUGGAGGAGGCAGGAAAAGGCACUUUCCCUUUGGAGGUGGUGAAGAACAUCUUCUCCAAUAUCUCCUCCAUCAACACCUUCCACAGCCAGUUUCUGCUGCCAGACCUGGAGAAACGCAUGGGAGAAUGGGAGACGACGCCUCGAAUCGGCGACAUUCUGCAGAAACUUACACCCUUUCUGAAGAUGUAUGCCGAAUACGUGAAGAACUUUGAUAACGCCAUGGAGCUACUGAAACAGUGGACAGACCGCUCACCUCAGUUUAAGGCCAUUGUUCAGGACAUCCAGAAGCAGGAAGUGUGUGGGUGCCUGACGCUGCAGCAUCACAUGCUGGAACCAGUACAGAGAGUACCAAGAUACGAGAUGCUCCUCAAAGACUACCUGAAGAAGCUUCCUCAGGACCAUAUGGACCAGCGGGAUGCUGAGAAAUCGUUGGAGAUUAUUGCCACGGCAGCCACACACUCGAACACUGCAAUUCGCAAAUCUGAGAAUCUAAAGAAACUGCUGGAGAUUUAUGAGAUGCUGGGAGAGGAAGAGGACAUUGUGAACGCCUCCAACGAGUUUAUCAAGGAAGGCCACAUCCUCAAACUGGCAGCCAGGAACACUUCAGCUAUGGACCGAUACCUCUUUCUGUUCAACAACAUGCUGCUCUACUGCGUUCCCAAGUUCAGCCUGGUGGGCCAGAAGUUUACGGUGCGCACACGAAUCGGCAUCGAUGGGAUGACGGUGGCAGAGACGUAUAAUGAGGAUUACCCUCAUACAUUCCAGGUGUCUGGGAAGGAACGGACCCUCGAGCUGCAGGCCAGCUCCGGACAAGAUAAAGAGGACUGGAUAAAGGCAUUCCAAGAAACCAUCGACAUCUUUCACCAGAAGAAUGAGACAUUUAAAAUGGCUACUAAAGAAGUGGAGGAAGUGUCCAUAACAGACCUGGGAAAGCGAGCACCUCGCUGGAUCCGAGACAACGAGGUGACCAUGUGUAUGAAAUGUAGGGAACCUUUCAACGCGCUCACACGUAGGAGGCAUCACUGUCGAGCUUGUGGUUAUGUGGUAUGCUGGAAGUGCUCAGACAACAAGGCUCCUCUGGAGUAUGAUGGCAAUAAGAUGAAUAAAGUUUGUCGAGACUGUUUCUCUAUUUUAAAAGGCCACACAGACAGCGAGGAGAAGGAGGGCAAGAAGAAAGGCAUUCUAGAGAUCGAAGCAGCGCAGUUCUCAGGCAGCAGUAUAAUGUGUGGCUUCCUGCAGUACUGUGACAAGAAUAAACCCUGGCAGAAAGUCUGGUGUGUAAUUCCUCAGAAGGAGGCUUUAGUGCUCUAUCUGUAUGGAGCACCGCAGGACGUUAAGGCUCAGUCCACCAUCCCGUUGCUGGGUUAUUCUGUAGACGACGCGUCCCGACUCACCGAUCCUCCAGCCAGUUUCCGUCUGUCCCAGUCAAAGUCUGUCCACAGCUUUGCUGCUGAAAGUGAGGAACUGAAGCAGCGCUGGCUCAAAGUGAUCCGAGUGUGUGUGACAGGCGAAGCACCCACAAGCCCGCCACCUUCAGACACACACGCCGCAGAGAGCAGCCGGGAGCCGAGCACAGAGAGCCUUUAAGAGGAGAACGAAACGAAAGCACACUUGCUGCCAAAGACACCGAGAGAGACUGGAGAGACUACACACAGACGCGGCUGUCUGUCAAUCACUCGCAUGCAGCAUACAACCCGAUGGGGCCGAGCAGUAUUACAGCCAAGCUGGAUUUAAUUUAUGAGAAAAAAAAAAAAAAAUCAAACUGAUGACGCUCUCCCUAUAAAGCUGCUCUGAAACACAGCAGUCCAAAGAGAUGGCAUACACAAGUGCUUUGAGACUAAACCGGUGCUCUAGGGUGGUUGGUUAAAUGAUCAAAUAUGUAUGAAUACACUCUCAUUUCCACACAUCAUGCUCUCAGCCUGUGCAGGCAGUGCUGUUAUUAUUCUCGUGUAUUGUGUAUAUAUCGUAGCAUUCCAUCUGUACGUAUGGAUAUGCCCUCACUGUCUCUUUUAUAAAGAUGUAAAGUGAAUCCAGGCCUCUUCGACGCUGAAGGCAAGUCUGAGUUUAAAUUCAGGCUGCUUCAGCACCCUAAGAAGAAUUCUGUUCUUUUUAGGAUUCUUUUUCCCCCCUCCAUACGGACCACAGAUCACACGUAGUCACCCCUCGCAAUAAACACGGAUCACGUCGCUGCGCCGAGAGAGCGGUUCAGCGGGAAUCGUGAUGCCACAUUUUACUAACCAGCAUCUUUAACCUCCAUCCAUCCCAGCACAUCAGCGGAGGGAGCGCACGGCUAAAACGUGCUCCAUACAGACUGCAAGAAACGUGCAAUGAGAGUCGUGCACUCUCGUGAGCAAAGGACACGGCAAUACCACAGAAAAGUGUUACAUAAGCUGGGUAAAUCCCUCCUUUAUAAUCAAUCGACUGUCUACCCAGUGGUCUCAAAUUAUAGUUUUACCCAAGCUGGUGCAUGUGAUGCCUUCAGUUUUAGAAAGGAAAUCCAUUCUAAAAUAUAUCUGAUAAUUAAAGGAAUACUCCAGUGUUUAAGCUCAUAAAGCACCGAUCUGUAACCAUAAAUAACAAUGUAGACACUUUAAAUGUACAGCAAGCAGUCUUAUUUUUUGUUCUUUUCGCUGUAAAGUUUAAGGGUAGUUGUUGAACACUAUUAUGUAAAGCAUACACACCAAACUGGCGGGCGCACACACACACGAUUAUGAAAUUUGUUCACUCCAGGUUACUCAACUGGGUAUUGUGUCCUAAGAGCAUUGUUGCCAUGUCAAAAACGAACUUGUUUUCUGUCCAAACAUCCUCCUGCAGUUUAAAACUCGGCUAUGUGUAACUUAUUUACGUGUCUUAUCUCGUCAGUGAUAACGGGAGACGGAUGCCUGAUCGAUGAUACACGUUUAAAUAUAUUUCAGUCCUGUGCAACGGACUGUGAUGAGCAGUUGCAGUGGUGGGUAACCUUGUUAAAUUUUUAAUAUUGAAAUCAAUGGGAUGACACUGAUUCUAGUCAUGUGCUACUCUUCGUAGCUCUCUAAAAUUGAUCAGUUAUUCCACGAAAUCGCGGCAUACAUGAGCUGAUGGCCAGUCGGCUAUGAGACGGCUAUAAGCCGUGUACGACAAGAUUGAGUGGAAUAACUGUUUUAUUCGAUCCACGUUCAAUGGAUUUUGAGAAACGGAGCAUUUUUAUUUUUUGCAAAUUUUGAAAAAAAAUGCAACAAUGCUUAAACAAACCGGCGAAAUGGCAGUAGCUAAUUUGUGAAAAAUGCUAUAGUUCUUGAAAAAUACAAAAAUAAAAAAAAAUGUUCUUACCAUCAAAUACUUUUAUUCCAUAUUUUGCUUAAUUUUUGGGGUUUUGUUUUCAAGUAGUUUUUAUUUCAUCCUCAGUUGAUUAAGCAACACGCGCCACCAAUUUGUUUUUCCUCUACUCACGGUAUAUGAGCUGAUAUCCUAGUAGUAGAGUAGCCAAUCAGAGCGCGCGAUUGCUCGUAUCCAGUGAAUGUAGUGGUUUUUUGGCGGUUGGCAAACCAACUUAAAGGUGCAUUACUGCCACCGACUGGGCUGGAGUGUGGAACAGGCGAUAUUAGGGGGAGAACUAUAUUCUUUUAGCUAUUUCUGUUUCUUUUAAAUACUUGGUAACAAUUUUGGGAGGGUUGUUUUCAAAUAGAGUUAUUUCUUCCUCAGUUGAUUCAGCAACACGCGCCGCCAAUUUGUUUUUCCUCUACUCACGGUAUAUGAGCUGAUAUCCUAGUAGUAGAGUAGCCAAUCAGAGCACGCGAUUGCUCAUAUCCAGUGAAUGUGGAUCGAAUAAGAGAAAAUAUUCCUUUAUUGAUCCCAAUGAGGAGAAAUUCAGAUGUUACAGCAGCUCAACUACAGUAGAGUAAAAUAUAGAUAAAUGUAGACUAAGUAAAAUAGAAUAAAGGUCUAAUAGAAUAAAAAUGGAACUAAAUCAAGACAAUUGCUCAGAAAAGACAGCAACAAACAAUAAGAAUUAGGAGUGGCACUACAUCCACUAGUGGUGCGUAUAAACUCAUGGAGUAGAGCCGUAUUAAAAUGACACAAUGAAGUGAGGGAGCAGGAGGUAAUCUGAAAUGUAAGGGGUGGAACUGCAAAUAAUAACAGCACAACAUGUAAUAAGGUACAUGAUAAUAGUGCAAAUACAAAAAAAAAAACCACCCACCACAGGAGUUAUGUAUUUUCAUCCAAUGUUUGGUGGUUCUUUCAGUUAAUCAUGUUUUUAAGGUAGAACGUCAUUAUCAGACCUCAAAACGUUAAAUAUUUCCCUUUGAAAAACGAUUUACAAGAAUCCCUCAAAGCUUUCUAUAAAAAUCCGUUUCAGAUUGUUUCUAGAUUAUCCUCACGACUACCCUUAGACUUUCAACACAUUUCCCACGACUGAUCUAAUCAAAUGGGUUGAAUUUGUUGAUCACGUAUGAUUUCGUGCAGAUUUAAUAGAGAUUAAGAUAUUUUUAAAAAAAAAAGUAUUCAUUGUACACUGAAGUAUUCCUUUAACAUGUUUAUCAUUCACAAGCACAGAUAAUUUCCUUUCUUUUUCUAUGUUGCCUGCGUUUGUGCGUCUGCUCUGCCUUUAGACGACACGUGCUGUCAGUGGGACGCCCAGUGGGACGUGUGUUUUAACGCUACUGAUCAGUGUCUUAACUAAGACUUCCUGUACAAUCAAGGACAAAUAGACCCACAAGCUGGGAGAGACAUGUAAAUGUUUUAUGAAAUACUGUAAUUAAUUUUAUUAUUUAAGAGUAAUUUAUAAUUGAUGUGCAUGAUUUUGAACAGUAGCACAACGAAUGGUUUUGGGGUUUUUUUGUUUUUCCCUCUUCCUCAAUUUUAUUGUCCAUUUUACCAAGUGCUUGGUGUUGCAGAAUCUCAUCAUAAACUUGGUUCGGUCUCUUUUUCCUUCCAGUCAGUCUCGUAUUAUUGACAGCUGUAUGAGAAAUGGUCAGUGUGUUAUCAACAGUAUAUUGUACCUACGACAUUCAAACAUUUAGUGCAUUCACAGAGACAAAUCCUGAGGCCAAACUGCAGGUUGCAUAGACAGUAUAAUGUCCUAGUUCAGGUAUAUAGAGAUCAUGCAUCAUGCGCAAUACGUCACUAAUGUAACCAGGCGAGUUUUCUCUUUUACAGCCGAGACUUCACUGUGUUGUGUUCAUGCAGGAAAUCUGGCAUCCUCAGGCCUCGUUCAGUCUGGUUUGAUCUGAUCUCGCAUUUAAUGAAACCUAAGAGUGACUAGAAAGUGAGGGAGAGAAAAAUCUAUACGCAAACUGGGGGGGAAAUGCCAGUUAAGCAUACGGAACUAAGGUUUUGUACUGAAUGUUAAAUUCCAAGUAAGAAAUAGAUCCAUAGCGAAUCAGAAACGCGUUACAAAGAACAAUUUCCAGCAUCAGUUAGACUCUAUUUACCACAAGAUGAGCGGCACAGUGGAGUUGCGAUCAGUCAAUUAAUAAACGAACGAAUGGAUGAUGUGAAAAGAAUAAUUUGACUAUAAUAAAGUUAUAAAUAAAGCCAUGCAUGCACCUGCUGUUUCCUUCUGAAAGUAGGCCUCUGGUUUCUUCUCAUUUUCCUGUCAGCGUUCAUUAGAAAUGCACUGACCUUAGAGUUAUGUGAACACCUAGUUUUAUACAUCUGUAUUUAUUUCCUUCUCUGAAUCUGAAAUGCACUUUACCAUCUUCUAUAAAGUGUACAUUGUUUAAAAAAAAAAGAAUAAAAUCAAGAGGAUUAUUAACUGGA